GCUAUGAAACGUCCAAUGACGCGCCUGACUGACAUCACGUGCUGUGUCGCGGCUUGAUGACGAGCCGCUGCUGGCGGGAAGAUGGCGGCCGUGUGUGUUGGGACCCGGGGGAUGGAGGUGACAAUUGCCGGGAUUUUGGAGCGAGAUCUGAGCGAGGGGGAACUGGCGGAAGCCAUCCGGGGGCUGCGAGAGCAUGGCGCCUUCCGGGGGGAGGGCUUGCCGGCUGCCAUGUCUGGUCUCCUCAGCAGCUGCAACUCUCGCCUGACGUCGGCCAGCUCUCGGAUUGAGGGGCUGUCUCUGUUGGCCUUGGCGGUUGAAGAGUCUCCCACGGAUGUGUUUGUGCAGCACUGUGUGUCCUGGCUGCGCAGUCUCCUGCAGAUUAUCCAGUCUCAGGAUCCCCCGCGAGUGGUCAGUCUGGCUGUCUUUGUCCUGCGCUCCCUUCUUGCUCACUCCUCUGCAUUGCCAGAAUUAUCCCGGGAAAUCUCCACCAAUCACAUCCCAGGUCUGCUCACCUCCCUGCUGGGCCUGAGGCGCCAGUGCCUGGUCCCAGCCUUAGAGGGAAUCCGAUCCUGCUUUCUCUCCUAUCCCAGAGCCUGUGGCUCCUUACGGGGGAAACUCACUGCUUUUCUUCUGAGCCUCCUGGAUGCUGAAAACCAGCAAAUCCAAGAGGUGGCCUGUCAGUGCUACUCUCUCCUGCCCUCCCUCGGCUCUGGAUUCUCACAGGGGAUCAAACACACUGAGAACUGGGAGAGACAGAUCCAAAGUGUCAUUUGCUCCCUGCACUCUGUAUUCCUGCAGCUCUACCAAGGCUCCGAAACUGACACGGCUCGCUACGAGGGAUCUGGCACUGAGCUGGAAUUCCCUUCUGUGGAAGAUGAUGGGACUCACGGUGUGCUGCAGCUGGCUCGAAGAUUUACAGCCCUGGGCCAGUGUAUGCGCCUGCUGCUUAGGGAACAGUUUCCAGCUCCAGUGCGGGUUCCAGUGUCGGACAUUCUGAGUCUGGUCUGCAGAGUGGUCAACGUCAGCCCAAAAAACCUGAGCUGGCAUGGAGAGGAAUCUCUGAAGUUGCUCCUCCUCCCGCGGGUUCACAGCAGCAUCCUGGAAAUUCUGGAAGCGACCAUUAUAGCGUGUGGCCCUCGGCUCCUUCCUUUCUCUGCAGUGAUCUGCAGGUUAUUUCCUCAGCUGUUACUUUCCUGGGCGGCAGUGAAGGGCAUAACUGGGAUCCCGUCGGGUCAGGAGAGGCCGUACAGUUCCCUCCGUUGUUCCGUGUACCGAGUGCUGGAAACGUGGGUGACAACGUGUGGCAUCUCCUCUGGAGUCCUGCAAGGGCCGAUGCAUCAUUCAGACAUCCUAUUGGCCAAUCUGCUAAGUGACAUCACUCCACCCACAGACGCCAUUAAGAUGUCUACGUUUGUGCAGCUUGGAGCAAAGAAGCAGAAAGUGUCGGAAGUAGGGGACGACGAUUUUCAGAGUCACCGCAAACGGGACAACACUGCAAAUGUUGAGCUGUGUGCUGCAGCCCUUAAAGGGCUGUGCUGUGUGAUUCUUCACUGUGGGUCGGUUAUUAAGGAAGAUGUUCACAGGAGACUUCAGGAGCUGUCCAUCCCACUGUUGCUUCGUCUCCAACAGGGGUCUGACCAGUGGUUGGGUCCGUAUAUCAGCAGUGAUUGUCGGAAGGAACUGUACAGACUUCUCCUGUGCUUGACUCUGACUCCUAACCCUAAGCUUCCUGCUCCUCUGCACUGUGCCAUCAGGAUAUUCAGAGGAGGAACCACAGAGGAGAGCUUGCAGGUGUCCAGAUUCUCCACAGAAGCACUUGCCAUCUGUCGCAUUCUCAUCCAUCCCCGAGUUCCCUCUCUCCAACGUCCUCUGCCUCAUCUUGCUCCUAGACCUCCUGUCCAAUCAGAUGCCCCCACUCUUCGGCCUCCUGCUGCACUGUCUACCUUUCCUGCUAUGCCUCCAGCCAAUCACCUUCCUCCGAGACCCACGGUGCCAGCCAUGUCCACUGAGCCUCCUAUUCCUGCCGCAGUGCCGUCUCCUCCCCCUGAAGAGUCAUUUGGGGAAAAGCCUCGACGUGCCGUCUUCAUUCAUUUUGAUAAGGAGGAGCCGUCCGACGUAGAGAUUUCCUUGGAGAGCGACUCGGAUGACAGUGUGGUCAUUGUACCUGAAGGGCUUUUUGCUAAAUCAGAUUCCAAACCAGAACCUUCUCCACCUGCUGUAAAACCUCCUACAGAAGAAGUGACGGAACAAGUGGCCCCGUCUGCAGUUCCCUCCUCAAGCACAGCAGCUCCGCCUCCUCCUCCACCACCACCAGCACCACCAGUAUGUGCUGGACCCUCCUCUGCCCCAGUUCCCAUUGCAGAGGCCCCGCCUCCACCCCAGCAAGAGGUGGACACUGUCAUCAACAUCAACAGCAGCGAUGAUGAAGAGGAUGGAGAGGAGGAUGAAGAGGAAGGCUUAUACGAUGAUGAGGAUGAGGAAGAUUAUUACGAUGAAGAGGAAGACGAGGAUUUAGAGGGUCUGGAAGAAGAUGAUUAUGAAGAGGACGAGGAAGGUAUUACGGAAGAAGAGGAAGAAGAUCUGGAAGAAGAAGGGGAAGAUGAUGAAGAAGAGGUAGAGGAUGAGGAAUGCCUGAUGCCAGAUGAGAUGCAGAUUGGCAGUGAGGCAGAGGAGAUUCCUGACGGGAUAGAGACCAGUUCCCUGCAUGAGGGGGAGCUGGAGGAGGGCCCACCUCGCUUGUCCCCGGUGCAGGAGGAUGAAGCCGUGGAUACUGGCUUGUUAAUGCUUGUGGAGAGUGAAGACAGAGAGCCCUCCGGAGAGGCCCCAGGUGAAGGCCUUCCAGAAAGCGACCUCACCAGAAGCCCCCCUCAGCCUCCGGUUCUCACUCCUCCAUCACCUCCAGACGAGCCUCCACCAAUGGAAGAAAGCGACGUUCCCCCACUUGAGGAGCCGGACCUUGAAGUGGCCCCUGUUGCCGAGGAGCCGGUGGAAGAAACAGAAGAGAAGAAGCCAGAGGAGGUGACUGUUGAAAAGCCUGAGCCAGAACCGGAGGAAGAGGUGAGUGCACAGGUUACACUCCGAAAUACACCCGGUGCCACCCAAACUAAUCGAUGUUUGUCAUCUGAUUUGUCACAGGAGCAAAUUGCCGACGCAGACGCCAUGUUGGCAGAUUUUGUCGACUGCCCCCCAGAUGACGACAAGCUGCCCGAGCCUUGCACGUGACCAGUCUCUGGAUGCUCAUUGGUUCUCCACCCUGUAUUACAUAACUGACAGUAUGGGGGGGGUCCUCCCAGCACUAGCUUUGGGUCAGUAUCCUUGGUGAGAUAGCGGCGGGAUUGUUACUGGGUGUAAAGGACACAACCUUCCCUAGCACCCUGCCCACCUUACCCACAAUGCAGCUCUUUCUACACCUCUAUGGUCAUCACCUGCCCACCCCCACCCCAAGUGCAGUCCAGUCAUACUAAACCCACAGUCCUAGCUCAGUGCCAAUCUGGUGCCAAAUCUCCAGCCGCCCGUAUUUCACUACAACUGAAUGUGAAGAUUCCACAGAAACCUUGUCCCAGUGGCGCCCCCUACAGACAGAAACAGUGUCACACAUGGGCUCUUUCUAUUUUUAUUGUUUUCAUUUUUAUUGUUAAAUUCUGAUUUGUCAAUAAAAGCGGUGGUGUGUGACUAGCA